CUAUCAUCAGUCAGCAAAUACCUAGCUCAACCUUGAAGCUUAACAUCCUGCUUUCUCUCUAAAACCAAUUUCUUAUCCAAGUCCUCAAGGGAGAAGGGGACAACUACGUCAAAAUGGCUCAAUUACCGCCGCAGACGAUCCAUAGAGAUCCCCAGCUAUUCUACUGGAUCCUACUUCCGAUUACUGUUGUUAUGAUCUUGACUGGCGUGUUACGAUACUAUGCCACCGUCCUUAUGCAAACGCCCCCUAAGAAGCUCGAUGAGAAGACUUUGAGAGAACAGCGAUCCUUGAUGCAUGGUAUGGCGGUGCGCAGCAACUAUCACGUCUUAUCCGCGCCAUCCUUCCGCACGCGACGAGACUACCUUACCAAUGCCUACGAAUCCGGCGCCUUUUUGAAAGACCCUGAUCGACGUGGCCAACCUCCCCCUAACCCGAUGACCGACCCGGGCGCCAUGGAUGGCAUGAUGGGUAUGAUGAAGAAUAACAUGGCCAUGAUGAUUCCAAACACCUUGAUCAUGAGCUGGAUCAACGCCUUCUUCAGCGGCUUCGUCAUCAUCAAGCUGCCAUUCCCUAUUACUAUUAAGUUCAAGAGCAUGUUGCAAGCUGGCGUCGCAACGAAGGAGAUGGACCCUAGAUGGAUGUCGAGUAUCAGUUGGUACUUCUUGUGUUACUUUGGUCUGCAAUUCGUCUUCAACUUCUUGCUUGGCAAUGAGAAUGCCGCAAACCAGAUGGCCCAGCAGAUGUCUGGGAUGGGAGCUCAGAAUCCUCAAAUGUUCGGACCUGGUGUUGACCCCGACAAGCAAUUUAAGACCGAAGCAGAAAACCUUGCAGUAGUUGAGCAUUACUCAAUUUUGGAUGGUGUAGAGGGUCGAUUGCUCGAGGGUAUCAAGUCUAAGUAAACGAGGUUAGGUAGCUGAUCAGCUAGACCUAAAUGCAAGUAGCUGUUGCCAACCAAACGCCAUCCCGUGCAAAAUGCAGUCAAUCGAAUGGACACGCCUAUAAUCAUUCCCACCAUAAGCAAACUCCGAGCCCCUCCUUCAUCAUGGUUCCAUCGAUGUGGUAAGGGGACAACUUCUUUGCCUUGUCCAUGGCUUCCUGGUCCGAGUUGUCGGGUCUCUGAUCAUACCACGACUCAUCCUGUACCUGAAAGCGGACCAUCUCGUUGUUAUCGUAAUACAUGGGGUCGCUGUCAGGAUCGAAUACCCAGGUCCACGCUUUCUCAUUUUGGUUGCUGAAUAAUAAUUAGUUCACUUGAAAGGUGUCGUAUGGAUCCCGUGAUACUUACUAUAGCGUAUUCUCAGGCAGCUCCUUGAAUGGGACGAAGAUAUCUUCAAAGAAAUCAGUGCGGACUGAGAUUGGAUUAGCGACCUUGCGGGGGAUCUCGUAGAGUAGGAAGCACAUACGUGUGAUGCCGGUUUCAUCAGCC